AUGCGCAGGGCCGGGAGACCUUGGAAAAGUGGUGGAGUCCCUCAGCUGGGGCGAAAGCUUUGGCGGAGAAAGCGGAAAGUCCUGAGGAAGCAUGCAGAGCUGGAGUCGAAUGUACUGCACCUUGGCCAAGUUGAUGCUGAUGUAACAGUGAUAGGUUCUGGUCCUGGAGGAUAUGUUGCUGCUAUCAAAGCUGCCCAGUUAGGCUUUAAGACAGUCUGCAUUGAGAAAAAUGAAACACUUGGUGGAACAUGCUUGAAUGUUGGUUGUAUUCCUUCUAAGGCUUUAUUGAAUAACUCUCAUUAUUAUCAUUUGGCCCAUGGAAAAGAUUUUGCAUCUAGGGGAAUUGAAAUGACUGGAGUUCACUUGAAUUUAGAGAAGAUGAUGGAACAGAAGAGUACUGCAGUAAAAGCUUUAACAGGUGGAAUUGCGCAUUUAUUCAAACAAAAUAAGGUUGUUCAUGUCAAUGGCUUUGGAAAGAUAACUGGCAAGAAUCAGGUCACAGCUACAAAAGCCGAUGGCAGCACUCAAGUUAUUGAUACAAAAAACAUUCUUAUAGCUACGGGCUCAGAAGUUACUCCUUUUCCUGGCAUCACGAUUGAUGAAGAUACAAUAGUAUCAUCUACAGGUGCUUUAUCAUUAAAAAAAGUUCCAGAAAAGAUGGUUGUUAUUGGUGCAGGUGUGAUUGGUGUAGAAUUGGGUUCAGUUUGGCAAAGACUUGGUGCGGAUGUGACAGCAGUUGAAUUUUUGGGUCAUGUAGGUGGAAUUGGAAUUGACAUGGAAAUAUCUAAAAACUUUCAACGUGUACUUCAAAAGCAAGGUUUUAAAUUUAAAUUGAAUACCAAGGUCACGGGUGCCACCAAGAAGUCAGAUGGAAAAAUAGAUGUAUCCAUUGAAGCUGCUGCUGGUGAUAAAGCUGAAGUUAUCACAUGUGAUGUACUCUUGGUUUGCAUUGGCCGGCGACCCUUUACUCAGAAUUUGGGACUAGAAGAGCUUGGAAUUGAACUAGAUCCCAGAGGUAGAAUUCCAGUGAAUAGCAGAUUCCAAACCAAAAUUCCAAAUAUCUAUGCUAUUGGUGAUGUGGUCGCUGGUCCAAUGCUGGCUCACAAAGCAGAGGAUGAGGGCAUCAUCUGUGUUGAAGGAAUGGCUGGCGGUGCAGUGCACAUCGACUACAACUGUGUGCCAUCAGUGAUUUACACACAUCCGGAAGUUGCCUGGGUUGGCAAAUCAGAAGAGCAGUUGAAGGAAGAGGGUAUUGAGUACAAAAUUGGGAAAUUCCCAUUUGCUGCAAAUAGCAGAGCUAAGACAAAUGCUGACACAGAUGGUAUGGUGAAGAUUCUUGGCCAGAAAUCAACAGACAGAAUACUAGGAGCACAUAUUUUAGGACCAGGUGCUGGAGAGAUGGUAAAUGAAGCUGCUCUGGCUCUGGAGUAUGGUGCAUCCUGUGAAGAUGUAGCUAGAGUCUGUCAUGCACAUCCGACCUUAUCAGAAGCUUUUAGAGAGGCAAAUCUGGCUGCAUCAUUUGGCAAACCAAUCAACUUUUAAACUAGAAGAUAAAUUUUUUUUCUGUAAGUUUCUGGAAGCUUUUGUAGAGGUCACAUUUCUGAUCAGCAUAUGCUCACAGUUCCAAGAAAUUCUAAGGAUUGAAGUAGAAGGCAUUUCAUGGGCAUGGACAGAAUGGAAUAAUUUUAUACGUAUCUAUAUUUUAAAUAUUUUAUUUCAGUGCAUUAGCAUGUGGGACAGACAAAGCUCUGAUAGUAACAUCCUGGGAAGUUUCCAUCAAGCCAUAUUUUCAUGCUAUUUAUGAAGGGUACAGCUUUACUGAAUUAAUGUUACAUGGCUUUUAUCUUUUUUUAUAAGGAACUACAGUAUGAUAUGUGAACAGCUGUAUUUGAAGGAAAAUGAUCAAGUUAAAUUUGGUAUUCAUAUUGGAAAGAAGAUUCAAAUAUGUAUAAACUGAACACAUAUAAAUAAAAGUGACCACUUGUUUUAUUUAACUCCUAAAAUCUUGCAAUUUAGAUUUGGAUUUGGGUUUUUAAGAUUCUGUUGAGGUCUACAAGUCUGAAGGAUAGUUACUCAAAAUGUCUACAAAACCUCAAAUAUUAAAUGGAGAUUAAAAUGUAUUAUAGCAAGCAAUGGAGACAUCAAAAUAAACAUCUUAAAUAGUCAUUUA